GCGAAUAAAUCAAAAAUUGCCGGACAUUAAGAGUUAAAUUAAAUUUCCGUGUAUUUAAAUAAUCGUGUGCCUUCUAUAUGUGUGCGUUGUAAGAAAAAUGUAAAACGGGGAAGAGUGUGUGUGGCUGCAAAGUCGAAGUAAAUGUAUGUGUUUCACAAAAUUGUUAAAAAAUAAGAGCAAGUCAAGUUAUAUUGUGAAAAUGUUUUAAGUGUGUUCCUUUUCAAGUGUUUAAAGUUUUACUAUGUGUUUUGAUGAUUAUAUAAAGCAAAUUUACAUAGCGUACCUUCAUAUGUUCAGCGGUUUCUUAAUUGCAGCGCCAUCUUAUCGGUUCACCUGCUGUUUGAAAAAUGCCAACUGCCAGCCCACACAGUGGGAGAAAAAUACUUUUCUACACACGUGUGCGAAAUUAUGACUAUAAUUGAACUAAUUUAUAUUCAUGGUUGUUUCAGUGCAAUAAAUUCGGAUAAAAGCGCGUGGAAGUUUAAAAAUUUUCAUAGAAAAAUUAACGAAGACUUUAGUGAUCUAAGAAAAUUGUUAACGAAAGCCUUAAGAUACGUGAUUUCUAUAAUUUGUGCCCACUGUGGCACCAAAAACAGCAGGAACCAACGAAUAUUUUUUCAACUAAAUUUGAAAAUAGGCAGCAUGUAAAUCAAGCUCUCUACCAACUUUAGGCCUCUGCAAACGCGCUUUCUGUCGUUGUUGUUAAAGCAGCAUCUACAUUUUUCUCACCAUCACCGCAUUCAGCAUGUCGCAUCAGACCGCACGCCGCGCACAAGCGCCUACAAGUCUCGAAUGUCCGCUGGCAUCAUUGGGACGCAACAGUAGCACCGUCAUCGAUUCGCUGACGGGACAUCAUCAACCGCCAUACCAUCAUCCACUCAGUUCCAGUCCACUCGAUCCGCAGGUCUAUCAAAUGUCACGCAAAUCGCCGGACCUCAGCAUCGAUGCGGACGAUAUCAUCUACACACCAUCGGCUUCGCAGCAAGGUGAUACCGUAGAUGGACUGCUCAAUGAAUUGGUUAACAUUGAAGAAGACGCGGAAACUGCUGCAGUAGCUGCAUCGGCGCUGAAUGCGACGGCGCAACGAAAUCACACGCUACCAGAAAUGUAUCAGUUGCCGCAUAGCGGCUCACAUGGCGGUGGUACAACAGCCGGCCGUAUAACUAGACAUCAGGGUGGACGUUGCAGCGUACCGACGGUGUCAAGUGCGGUCAAUGGUGGUAGCACACGUAAUAUGCAAUACUUUUUGGAGAAGAAAAUGGACGCGCUCUACUUGGGCAAUGCGAUACGCGCGCUUCCCUUGGGUUCGGAGGCGAGUCACUUUCAGAAUGAGCGCUAUUUUCUCGAAGACGGACUGCGUAAUAUAUGCAAUUAUAAUAAUGGCACCGAACGACUAGCGGACGCGCACUACUUGCGCCACCACGCCUCCAGUCCGAGCGAAACGAGCGGUUCCGAUCGUUACCUGCUAAAUCGCACCGGUUCACCGACGGAUGCAUUCAGCUCUUCCAAUCAUUUGGAAAAUUUUGCCAACACCAGCAACAAUACCACAUCCUCUAACCUUGCGCUGGACCAACGUUUCCAUCACACCAAAGUGAAAAGUCUCUCCGAUGGGCUCUGCAAUAUCGGACGCUUCUCACCUAGUCUGGAUCAAGGUUAUGCCACGCUUGUUUCGCCCUCGCCAACUGGCCAUCAUCCAAACACAAUCACAACGCAUAGCAUCGUACACCACCCACCGCCGUCGACGACCACUUUAACAGCAGUUACACGCACACGACACGACAAUGUCGCGCCACCACCAUGGAAUAAGAAGACCUUCCGUUCGGGACCACUCUUCGAUCGGCUACCCGACGAUGUGGUUUUGAAGAUUUUCAAUUGGUUCGACAGUUGUGAAUUGUGUAUUUUGGCGCGCGUGUGUCGACGUUUCGACCAACUCGCCUGGCGUCCAGUGCUCUGGAAGGUCAUCUCGCUGAAAGGUGAACACCUGAAUGGCGAUAAGACACUCAAAAUGAUUUUCCGACAAUUGUGCGGGCAAACAUGCAAUGGUUCGUGUCCGGAAGUAGAGCGUGUAAUGCUCUCCGAGGGCUGUCGAAUUUCCGACAAGGGUUUGCAGUUGUUAACGCGACGCUGCCCGGAAUUGACACAUCUGCAGCUGCAAACCUGCAUGCAGGUGUCGAAUCAAGCGCUCAUGGACGUACUUACAAAAUGUACAAAUUUGCAACAUCUCGACGUGACGGGCUGCAGCCAGGUGGUUAGCAUCAGCACGCAUCCAAACCUGGAACAACCACGCCGUCUGCUGCUGCAAUAUUUAGAUCUGACGGAUUGUCUUGUCUUAGACGACGUCGGGCUUAAAAUCGUGGUGAAAAACUGUCCACAACUGGUGUAUUUAUACCUUAGACGCUGUAUAAAAGUUACAGAUGCCGGCUUGAAAUUCGUACCAAGUUUUUGCAUCGCACUCAAGGAGCUCAGCAUAUCCGAUUGCGUGAACAUUACCGAUUUCGGUCUCUAUGAACUCGCCAAACUCGGCGCUGUUUUACGGUACCUCUCCGUGGCGAAGUGUGAUCGCGUCUCCGAUGCUGGACUCAAAGUGAUCGCGCGUCGCUGCUAUAAGCUGCGUUAUCUAAAUGCGCGCGGCUGUGAAGCGGUUAGCGAUGAUUCCAUCACCGUAUUGGCACAUUCCUGUCCGCGUCUGCGUGCACCCGGCAUCGGCAAGUGCGAUGUAAGCGAUGCGGGUCUGCGUGCGCUCGCCGAAAGUUGUCCGAAUUUGAAGAAGCUCAGUUUGCGGAAUUGUGAUAUGAUAACGGACCGUGGCGUGCAGUGUAUUGCUUACUACUGUCGUGGCCUACAACAACUGAACAUACAGGAUUGCCAGAUAUCGAUCGAGGGCUAUCGCGCGGUGAAGAAGUACUGUAAGCGCUGCGUUAUAGAACACACAAAUCCAGGUUUCUGUUGAGCCGUCAGGUGUUAGAUGGCGUAAUCGUACGCAUGGUUAUUUUCAUUUUAGUUAAGUGUGUGUCGCACAGUGGUGUAUAGAGGCAAUAUAAUGAAUUUUCUUGAUGUGCAUUUAGGUUUUUUUGAACUUAAUGAAAUUAGAAAUAUUUCACCAAAUGAAAUUAAAUUGAAGUAGCAAACAUGAUUUCGUUUAGCAUUUGCUAUGCUCCUCACUUGAAAUACUCUGCAUUUAAACUUAUUCUCAUAAAGCAAUUUUCAUCUAAACUUGGAUUCGUAAACGGAGUUGCAAAUCUUCAAAUUAUACACAGCUGUCA